AUGCCUGCAGCGCCCGACGGGUCGCCAGAGCGGCGGAGUCUUGAGGAUGAGUCCUCCAGCCUGUCGCAGCGCACAAGGCAAGCGGAGCAGGACAAUGCAACCAUCUACCAGGACCCGGUGCCGUCGGCGGGCGCGCUGCCACGGCUCGAGCCAAAGCUGUUUGUCAAGCCGAUUCGGCCGGAGGAAGGCCUGUCCUCGGCGCAAGUUGCGUAUGCCGACGCGUUUCCGGCGCUGCUGCCCGCCGCAACCGCCGCCGCCGUCACGCAGUUCCACGGAGAGGCGACGGGCGGCGUGGGCGUGCUGGAAGAGCUGCUCUCCGCGUGCACGGCGCUCGAGAAGGAGGCACAUUGCGUGGCACAGAGGGAGGAGACGUGUCAUGCGGUCGGCGCGGCGACCAUGGCGAACGAGGUGCUCAAGGCGGAGGAAGAGAAGGACGCGGCCCUGCUGUCGGACGAGCCAAGACUGACGCGGCCCCUGGUCGUGUCCGAGUAUGACGCGUUGCAGCGGCGGAGGGAGGCCCUCCUCGCCGCGGUGGCGGAGCAGCACGCGCUGUUUGUGGGGCUCACCGAGGGGCACCGCUUCUACAAGGUCGUCGUGCUCACCGAGCUGCGCAAGGCGUCCGAGAAGGGCGCCGAGAUUGCCGACCUCCGCGAGGCGGAGCGCGCGUCGCUACUCCGCCGCAUGAACGAGCCGCCGCCCACCUUCACGCAGGCCACGGCGCAGCCGGCGGCGGCGCACGCGGCGCCGUCUUCGUACGCGGGCGGCGGAGCCUCGCUGGCGGAGGCGCGCGCCGCGUGGCAGGCCAGUCACGCCGGCGCUGGCGGCGCCUCCCCUCCCCCAACAACAAUCAUGUGCUACGGCUGCCGCAACAAGUUUGGGGUGCCGCCCAACACCGCCAUCGUCGCGUGCCCCUUUUGCAAGACGCACAACCGCGUGCCUCCCUGA